UGGGUCAGUCUCUUUGCAUGGUCAAGAUUUCUCAAAAGAAAUGAGGAAGGGAAGGAAGCAAAAUAGUAUCGGAUCUAACGUGACUGAAAAUCGAAAGGUAAAGAAACAAGAGCACGAGUCCCAGAAGAAGCAGAAGCUGGUGCAGAUCCACCGGGCUCUGAACAGUGACCCCGUGGACAUAGAGAGCCUGCGUAGGGCAGCUGUUAAAGAGGGUGGGCUGCUGACCGAUGAGAUCAGGAGGAAAGUCUGGCCCAAGCUGCUCAGUAUCAAUGUCUACAACCUGCCGGCCAAGCCAGCCAAAGAUGUCCGUGAAAGACACAAAGAUUACAACCAGGUGCUCAUGGAUGUCAGGAGGUCUAUGCGCCGCUUUCCCACAGGCAUGCGCGUGGAACAGAGGGAGGUGCUCCAGGAACAGCUCAUAGAUAUCAUCCUGGAUGUCCUGCGGAGGAACCCCCAGCUGCACUACUACCAAGGCUACCAUGACAUUGCCGUGACCUUCCUGCUGGUGGUGGGAGAGAGGAUGUCUAUAGCCAUGGUGGAGACUCUGUCCAAGCACCACCUCAGGGACUUCAUGGACCCCACCAUGGACAGCACUAAACACAUCCUGAAUUACCUGAUGCCCAUUCUGGAGCAGGUAGACCCAGAGCUGCACAGCUUCAUGCUGAGGGCAGAGGUGGGCACCAUCUUUGCGCUCAGCUGGCUGAUCACGUGGUACGGCCACGUGCUCUCCGAGUUCCGGCAUGUCCUCCGACUCUAUGACUUCUUCCUGGCUUCCCACCCCCUGAUGGCCAUUUACUUCGCUGCUGUGAUUGUCCUGCACCGGCAGGAGGACGUGCUGAGCUGUGACUGCGACAUGGCCAGCGUGCACCACCUGCUUUCCAGCAUCCCGCAGAACCUGCCCUAUGAGGAGCUCAUCGGCCGUGCUCAGGAGCUCUUCUCCCUGUACCCGCCUGCCCUACUAGCCCGCCGGGCUGCCCUGCAGUCCCGCCACAGCAUCACCCUUAACUGCUUCGAGGGCUUCCAGUUGGCCACCCUCCACCAGCGGCCAGACGCCAUCCUGCGUCAGCAGCUCCACCGGCCUGACCCCGCCCUGGCCCCGCCCCCUGAUGUGGCCACGCCUUCUGGGAGCAGCCCGCUGGUAAAGGCAGCCGUGUGGGGCAUCUCCGCCACCCUUGGAGCCGCUGCUCUCGCCGUGGCACAGACUGCCCUGGAGUGGGCGCCGGAGUUCCUGAUGCAGCUCUUCUGAACUACUCUGCCUUCCCCCCUCCCCCAAUGAUGGGGGAGGGGGGAGGGGCGUUUGUCCACACGGUAGCUAUUGUGGAACUCUCCUGUGCUGGUAUUGCUGGGGAGGGCGCGCGGGCCUCUUUUUGUGACGAUAAGCAUUUUGAGUGCUGGUCUGUCAGCAGGACGUUGGGGAAGUGUGCAAACUGCUGAUCAGCCUCUCUAACACAGAGCAGGGACUUAUUAAGUGUUUCCUAUUUUUUUUUUUCUUUUUUUUUUUGCCGCGAAAGCGAAAGACGGGAGACGCUGGAUAUGGUGUCGGAAACACGAGUGGUAAUGUGGUUUGUAGGGACUCCGAGUGACCCGGGGAAACUCGGUCAUGGCGUAGAGGAGGCUGGGGGGCAGUGAUGCUGCGGUGGGGGGCGUGUCCCUACAACUGGAUGGAGGGGGGGAGUCUCUGGCAAAGCUGUGUCCCCCCCACCGGAUUCAUCCUGUUUCCGUUACGGUGUCAGAAGACCUUCUGCUUUCGGAUGUUCUGUACACCCACACGAGAUCUGAAAGUUUACUGAUCUCUUCAGUACGCAUGUUAACGCUUUAGAGGUUGUGUACAGCCUCCCCCCAGGCCUGGAGAUCAGCGGGACGGGUAGUCCUAUGCCAGUUUCACAAGCACAAAACUUAUGUUAAUUAAAUGACUGGCAUGCCCCUCCCCCCACCCCACCCUUCCCAUUGGCCUGGGUGGAAUGACACCCCAGCUCUGCUCUCCGCGUUCGUUCGUUUUAAAAGUGCCACAAAUCGUUUUUGCUGUUGCCGAGCUUCAGGUGGCUGCCAUGUUUUUGACUCAUUGUUGUUAUUUAUUCCUGGAGGGAAAUCGCACCUAAAUAUUAAUUCAUGCCUGAUAUUCAUGACCCUCAGCUAAAUAUUCUAAUGUCUGCCAUCUUCUAGGAUGGGGCUGUAAAUUUUUAGUCUUCUGAAUGAUGUUGUUCUGCCUGUGUACCUCUAGUAAUCCCACAAAUGACGUGUGACCGCAGCCUGUAAGUAACUUUCCCCCAAAUGUGAAACAAGCGCCCCUCCUUUAGAUUUCCAGGCGUCUUAUUUGCAUGAGUGGUGGGAAGUGAAGGCGGAGCUUCUCGCUUCAGGGCCAGGCUUAUGAGGCCUGCUGGGUCCAUGCUAAAUCCAGCCAGGAUGGCGGUGUUCGGCGUACGCCUGCAGAAACGUGCAAGUUUCGAUUACCGUGGUCCAUGGAUUUAAACAGACACUCGCGGGGAAGCCGGUUACGGCUGCAGCUGUGUUCGGUUCAGCGUGCGGCUCCUUCCACUGGGAAUCGGCCCCGAUCCUCGAUUCUGGGGACCACAGGACCAAAGUCAGUAUGUCUGCCAGACGGUUUUCGCUCCCUCCGGAGCAGGAGCGCAAGAAAACUGCAGGAAGGUUGCAGUAAUUCUGUUUAGAGAUGAUGAUAAUUUAGGAGUAUUUAAAGUUUAUUAAUAUUUUAAAAAGUAAGGGAAUUAAGGAAAUCAUUUUUAAGAUUUUGUGGAUCUUUGUACUGAUCUCUCGCAGUCUGCAGGGAGGUACAUUUUAGGAGGAGAGUUUAGUGCAUCCAGCCUAUAACUGUAUGUAUGGGGGGUGUCACCACAGUGCAUGUGAUCCAUGGCAUAUUGCGAUGGAGGGGGGGGCUCCUUUGUGGGGACCAGAGCUCAGGGUGGGUCACAGCUACAGUGACGGCUCCUGAGGAUCCCCGCUGCUUUGGACAGCGGCGGCUGAGCGUCACCACCAGGUACCCAGUAAGUGCGAGCUGAUCUUUGGAUACCAGGCAGGGGCUCUCUGAUCCCGAGAGGAACAUUCCAGAAAGGAAGCUUUGGACUGUCACAGCGCCCACUGCUUUGUGCACUUCACACCAACAGUCUUGAGGUUCGAGUGGCGCCCAGUCGGCCGUCUCAGAGGCUGCACGGCUCCUUUGUGUCCCUUGUGUCAAACAUCUUGUGAUUUUUCUCAAAAGUGCCAGUAUGUAGCUCUAUGCUACCACACUAGCAGGGCCUUGGCCUCUCGGAAACGGUACCAGAUUGAUGUUUCGUUUAUUUUUGUACAUGUUAACGAAGAAUAAAUAAACUUUGAGAGGGAAAACCGAAAA